AUGAACGACAACAAGGUAAAGGGAAAACGUGGUGCUCAGCCGCCCCCAAAUCAGCCGGUAAUAUGGACAACUGCUCACCAGUCCGCUCUAGAGAAACUCAUCAUCGGGUGCCUCAUAGACUUACCAUUAAUGGCAUAUCCAGAACCUAAUAGCCCUUACGUCCAACACACGGACGCUUCUGAAAGUGGGUUGGGUGCGGUACUGUACCAAGAACAAAAUCGAAAACUACGUGUCAUCGCUUACGGUUCUCGGGCAUUAACAGCGGCAGAAAAGAACUACCACAUUCACUCCGGCAAACUGGAAUUCCUAGCCAUGAAGUGGGCAAUUUGCAAACAGUUUCGGGAUUACCUCUACUACGCGCCAAGUUUUGUUGUGUUUACCGAUAAUAACCCUUUGACGUACGUCUUAUCGACCGCCAAACUUAACGUAUACCAGGACUACGGUGGGUAG